CUCGACCCCGAAUCCGACGCAGAAAUGGUUCCCGAUGAAGAGGAAUUAGUCGAGGCUCUGCACCGUCUACCACCUGUAAACAGUCCUACUCUUCCUCUUCCUUGGAAGGGCCGUCUUGGAUAUGCAUGUCUUAAUACGUAUUUACGAAAUUCCAACCCCCCGAUAUUUUGUUCGAGGACGUGCCGAAUCGCCUCCAUCCUCGAACACCGUCAUCCACUCGCGGACCCAACGCAACCCGAGCACCCGACAAAGAAUCGUCCGGAUAAAAAUCAGCCGGCGGAUGUCGAGCGAGGAAUGGCAUGGGUACACGCGCUUGGCUUAGCAAAUGCGCGAGAUCUCAUCAAGCUGCUGCGCUGGAAUGAUCGAUAUGGGAUUAAGUUCCUGCGCCUGAGCAGCGAGAUGUUUCCGUUUGCGAGCCAUGGGGAAUACGGAUAUAAACUGUCUUCAUUUGCCGGGCCGACCCUACGAGAGGUUGGCAAGCUCGUGGCUACACUUGGGCACAGAGUAACAACACACCCGGGCCAAUUUACACAGUUCGGCUCUCCGCGAGAGUCCGUCAUUGCUGGAAGCAUAAGGGAUCUGGCAUAUCACGACGAAUUACUAACACUACUAGAGCUCCCUGAUCAACUGGAUCGAGACGCCGUCAUGAUUCUCCACAUGGGUGGCGUAUUUGGAGACAAAGGCGAGACUCUCGAUCGAUUUCGAGCAAACUACGCCAAUCUUUCCCCAUCGAUCAAGCGGCGACUGGUUUUAGAAAAUGAUGACGUGUCAUGGAGCGUGCACGAUCUUCUUCCAAUUUGCGAAGAGUUGAAUAUCCCCCUGGUCCUGGACUGGCACCACCACAACAUCAUUCACGACCCCUCCAUCCGUGAAGGGACCGCCGACAUCCUCCCCAUCCUCCCACGGAUCGCCGAGACAUGGCGAAGAAAAGGCAUCACCCAGAAGAUGCAUUACAGCGAGCCCUGUCCCGACGCCAUCACCGGGCGCCAGCGCCGCAAGCACUCCCCCCGUGUCUCCACCCUCCCCCCCUGCGGCAACGACAUGGACCUCAUGAUCGAAGCUAAAGACAAAGAGCAAGCCGUCUUCGAGCUGAUGCUCAACUUCAAGCUCCCCGGCUUUGAAAAAGUUCACCCCAUCGCCCCGUACACACGCGACGACUGGAACAAGCUCGUGAAAGGCCGCAAGGGCAACUCGGACCAGAUUCUCGGUCCCGGGGGACGCGACGCGCUUCCCGACGAUAUGAUCGGGAUGGGCGGGGCGGAGGGCCGGGUUUACUGGCCGCUGGGCAUGGAGGAAUGGCUUCGGCCGCGGAAG